UGACCUAAUAAACAUGUGCAGCAAUAUUUUUUGUAAUUAAACGAGCUCUACUAGUUACCGGCAUUCAUAUUACUUUUUACACGUGAAGCAUAAGAUAUUAGCAUUCUGCAGAGAAUCAAGUUUUUUUGUUCUAAAUAACUAAUAACACGAUGGCGGCUCAAGCAGCAGCAAAAGUUCAAGAAGUUCGAGAAAUAACAAGAAUAGAACGAAUUGGUGCUCAUUCUCAUAUUAGAGGCUUAGGACUAGAUGACAGUCUUGAACCACGUCAUGUUUCUCAAGGAAUGGUCGGCCAGUUUAAGGCUCGAAAAGGAAUAGGAUUUGUGCAGAAAAUGAUUGAAGAAGGCAAAAUAGCGGGACGAGCAGUUCUUCUUGCCGGGCAACCAGGAACUGGUAAAACAGCAAUAGCAAUGGGUUUAGCUCAAACUCUUGGACAAGAUACGCCUUUUACAUCAAUGGCUGGCUCCGAAAUCUAUUCCUUAGAAAUGAGUAAAACUGAAGCAUUAACUCAAGCAAUCAGAAAAUCUAUCGGAGUAAGAAUAAAAGAAGAAACUGAAAUAAUAGAAGGAGAAGUGGUUGAGGUGCAAGUAGAUAGACCUGCUACUGGAGUUGGUGCGAAAGUUGGUAAAUUAACUUUAAAAACCACAGAAAUGGAAACAAUUUAUGAUCUAGGAAAUAAAAUGAUAGAUAGUUUGAUGAAAGAAAAAGUUCAAGCCGGCGAUGUCAUAACUAUUGACAAAGCUACAGGAAAAAUAAAUCGUUUAGGACGCUCCUUUACUCGUGCUAGAGAUUAUGAUGCUACAGGAUCGCAAACUAGAUUUGUUCAAUGUCCAGAAGGCGAAUUACAAAAGCGUAAAGAAGUUGUUCAUACAGUUUCUCUCCAUGAAAUCGAUGUUAUUAAUAGUAGAACUCAUGGAUUUUUAGCUUUAUUUUCUGGAGACACCGGAGAAAUAAAGUCUGAAGUUAGAGAACAAAUAAAUGCUAAAGUAGCAGAAUGGAGAGAAGAGGGUAAAGCUGAAAUUGUGCCUGGUGUUCUAUUUAUUGAUGAGGUCCAUAUGCUUGACAUUGAAUGUUUUUCAUUCUUAAAUCGCGCCCUCGAAGAUGAAAUGACUCCUGUUGUGAUUAUGGCAACAAACAGAGGAAUUACAAAAAUUCGAGGUACAAAUUAUAAGAGCCCUCAUGGAAUACCAGUCGAUUUACUUGAUCGUAUGAUUAUUAUAUCAACAACUCCGUAUGAGGAGAAAGAAUUGAAAGAAAUCUUAAAGAUAAGAUGUGAGGAAGAAGAUUGUGAAAUGGCCGAUGAUGCUCUAACGGUUUUGACAAGAAUUGCUCUGGAGACAUCAUUGCGAUAUGCUAUUCAACUGAUUACUAUAGCAUCAUUGGCAAGUCGCAAGAGGAAAAGUACUAUGGUGAGCAUAGAAGAUGUCAAACGAGUUUAUUCUCUGUUUCUUGAUGAAAAGAGAUCAACGCAAUAUCUGAAUGAAUACCAGGAUGACUAUUUAUACAAUGAACCACCUACUGACCAACCAAUGGAUACUGCUUAAAGUCAUCGCACGUCACAUUAGUUCUAUUGAUAAAACAUAUUUGUCGUUGUAAGUCGAUUAUUUUUUUUUACUAAAUGAAAUUAUUUUUACAACGAAUUCUGGUUUUUGUACUGUUUCAUACUUGUCUAAAUCAUUCCAUUUCAUAUGCUUGAUUGACAUUUCUCACAACAAUAAAGAUUUCUAUUUAUUUAUA